CCGUGAUCCGCGGCGGCGGCGGCGGCACGACGCCGGUGGUGGAGCCGCCAAGGAGGGUCACGCAGCACAAUGCCAGCUUUGCCCCUGGACCAACUCCAGAUCACCCACAAGGACCCGAAGACAGGAAAACCAAGGACUUCACCAGCGCUGGUGAGCCGGUGCCUUGAGGCCGUUCAGCCUGAUGUUAUCAAUCUUGCAAUUUCAGAAGCAAAAACACCCCGAGCAGAAGGCAGACCGGUAUUUUGUGUUAUACAAACCGCCCCCUAAAGACAACAUUCCUGCCCUAGUGGAGGAGUACCUGGAACGCGCCACCUUCGUAGCCAAUGACCUCGACUGGCUCCUGGCCUUGCCUCACGAUAAAUUCUGGUGCCAGGUUAUCUUUGACGAGACUCUGCAAAAGUGCCUGGACUCCUACCUGCGUUAUGUCCCCAGAAAGUUUGAUGAGUGGGUGGCCCCCACCCCUGAGGUUGCUGAUAUGCAGAAGCACCUACAUCGAAGCGUUUUCCUCACCUUCCUCCGCAUGUCCACUCACAAGGAAUCCAAAGAUCACUUCUUUUCCCCCUCUGCAUUUGGAGAAAUCCUCUACAACAACUUCCUCUUUGAUAUCCCAAAGAUCCUGGACCUCUGUGUGCUCUUUGGAAAAGGCAACUCACCAUUGCUACAGAAGAUGAUAGGAAACAUCUUUACUCAGCAGCCAAGUUAUUAUAAUGACCUGGAUGAAACCAUGCCCACUAUCCUUCAGGUCUUCAGCAAUAUCCUCCAGCACUGUGGUUUGCAAGGGGAUGGGGCCAGCACCACACCCCAGAAGCUUGAGGAGAGGAGCCGGUUAACCCCCAGUGACAUGCCGCUCCUGGAAUUAAAGGACAUUGUUCUCUACCUUUGUGAUACCUGCACUACACUCUGGGCCUUUCUGGAUAUCUUCCCUUUGGCUUGCCAGACCUUCCAGAAACAUGACUUCUGCUACAGACUAGCUUCCUUUUAUGAAGUGGCAAUUCCUGAAAUGGAGUCUGCAAUUAAGAAGAGGAGGCUUGAAGAUUGCAAGCUGUUGAGUGACCUGUGGCAGAGGCUCUCCCAUUCCAAGAAGAAACUAAUGGAAGUUUUUCACAUCAUCCUGAGCCAGAUCUGCCUCCUUCCCAUUCUAGAAAGCAGCUGUGACAAUGUUCAGGGAUUCAUUGAAGAGUUCCUUCAGAUCUUCAGCUCCUUAUUACAGGAGAAGAGGUUCCUCCGGGACUAUGACGCACUCUUCCCUGUGGCUGAAGACAUCAGCUUGCUGCAGCAGGCCUCGUCAGUCUUGGAUGAGACACGGACUGCCUACGUGCUCCAGGCAGUGGAGAGCGCUUGGGAAGGGGUGGACAGAAGGAAAGCAGUGAACACUAAAGACCCAUCUGUGGCCGAGGAUCCUAAUGGGGAUUCUAAUGGGGUCACUGUAACAGCGGAGCCAAUCAGUCAAACACCAUCACAUCCAGAGAACUCGGAGGAAGUGGAGUGCAUGGGUGCAGCCGCUGCCCUGGGCCCUGCCGUGAGUGGUGUGGAGCUGGACUCACUCAUCUCCCAAGUGAAGGACCUGCUGCCAGACCUCGGGGAAGGCUUCAUCCUGGCCUGCCUAGAGCACUACUGCUAUGACCCGGAGCAGGUGAUCAACAACAUCCUGGAGGAGCGGCUGGCCCCCGCCCUCAGCCAGCUGGACCGCAGCCUAGACAGACAGGUGAAUCCAGACCCCACACCCCUACUGACAUCCCGUCACAACGUCUUCCAGAACGACGAGUUUGAUGUGUUCAGCAGGGACUCAGUGGACCUGAGCCGAGUGCACAAGGGCAGGAGGAAGGAGGGGAACACACGAAGCCUGCUGAAUGACAAGCGGGCAGUGGUGGCCCAGCGGCAGCGCUACGAGCAAUACAGUGUGGUGGUGGAGGAGGUGCCACUGCAGCCAGGUGACUACCGUGGUGACGACUAUGAGGACGAGUAUGACGACACCUAUGAUGGCAACCAGGUGGGCGCCAACGAUGUGGACUCAGAUGACGAGCUCAUCAGUCGCAGGCCCUUCACCAUCCCUCAAGUGCUGAGGACGAAAGUGUCUGGAGAAGGACAGGAAGAAGAGGAGGAGGAAGAGGAGGAAGAAGCUGAAGAAGAGGGCCCCAAGCCUGACCAUUUCGUGCAGGACCCUGCAGUGCUGAGGGAGAAGGCAGAAGCCAGGCGCAUGGCCUUCCUUGCCAGGAAGGGGUAUCGCCAUGACAGCUCGACAACAGUGGCUGGCAGCCCCCGGGGCCACGGGCAGAGCCGCGAGACAACCCAGGAGCGCAGGAAGAAGGAAGCCAACAAAGCGACAAGAGCCAACCACAACCGGAGGACCAUGGCCGACCGCAAGAGAAGCAAGGGCAUGAUCCCAUCCUGAGGCCACCACGCCAGAGCCAGCAGGGCCUCCUCACCCAGUUGUCUCCUUGCUGGGGUGCCAAGUUCAACUCCACCCCUCAACAGCCUCAGCUUUGCAGCCCCUGAGAAGGCCACCUCGUCAUCUACCAGCCAGCCGUGAGCGCCUUCUUAUGAACACACAGUGCCUUAUCCCUCAAUGGAGGAAUCUGGGGCCAGCGAGCAGUCUCCUUCCCCAGCUGCCCUGGUGGGAAAGGGACAGGGACGGAGCCCCAGGCAAGCCCCCCAGAUCUUGUGCAGCAAGAUACCACUUCCCUGAAGUCUGUAUAUUCAAAAACAACAAAAGGCCUGCCAAUAAAGUUUCUGACCCUU